GAUAGGAUAGGAUAGGAUAGGAUAGGAUAGGAUAGGAUAGGAUAGGAUAGGAUAGGAUAGGAUAGGAUAGGAUAGGAUGCAGCUGCCGGCUGUGUGCUGCAGGGCCUGGCUGCUGCUGCUCGUCCUGCCCUGGGCCGGGGCUCAAGCAGCCGGCGGCGAGCACGGUGCGGAGCUGCGCUCCCUGCAGGACCUCCUGGAGGCGCUGGGGCAGCUGCGGGAGGAGGAAGGGCGGCCGGCUCUGGAGGACGAGCCGGAGGCCGGAGCUGAGGACGGCGGCCCCGAGUGGGACCUGCCGGAGACCCCCCUCCCGGCCCCCAGCCCGACCGAGCCAGCGGAGGGGCAGAGCCGGUGGAGGAGCCUCCUCUCCUCCUCCCGACGGAGGCACUUCUCCGGCUGCUUUGGGACGAGGAUGGAGAGGAUCGGCGCGCAGACGGGGCUGGGAUGCAACCACUACAGAGCCCGUAGGUCCCGGCUCGGCCCCGGCGCUGCCCCGCGGCUCGUCCCGGCCUGCCACAGCCGAGGGGUCCGGGGCAGGCGCUGGGGCACCCCCGCAGCUCUCCUCCCCUUUUCUUCCAGGUUUCUGGAGGAGAGGGAGAAGCUGAAGCCGGGACCGGCAUCGUCGAGCCUCCGGGCCGGCGUCCAGCCGCCGGGCAGCCACGCUCCCCCCGGAGCCUCGGCGGGGCUGGGGUACGCAGCAAUAAACCUUUUGUACAAAGCGUGGCCGUCUGUGAGUGGUUUGUGGGGUUUUGGGGUCACGGUGUAGCACACGGAAAACCCCCGCAGAGCCCUCCUCCUCCUCUGCACGGAGGGUCCUUGACACGGGCCGGAGCAUCCCGCCGGGUCUGGGGCAGCUUUAGCCCGAGGGCUGCGGCAGCAGGAGGGGUGGUGGCGGCACUGUCGGGCACUGUCGGGUCCUGUCGCAGGCAGCCCGGGCUGAGCCCUGCCGGCAGCGCCGAGCUGGGCACGGGGCAGCCCCGCGGGCACGGGGCUCGGCGGCUCUCAGAGCGAGCUGG